AUGGCACCACAACUCGCAGACAUUCUCCAAGACUCCGUGUUCCGCCCGGAGCUUGUCCAGCGCAUCACUUUCCGCUCGGCCCCAGCAGCUCUAGAGGUCGUCCCCUACAAUCCAGCAUGGCCUAACCUCUUCGCCGCCAGCAAAGAGCAAAUGACCGCCGCGCUCGGCGAUAUAGCCGUCGCCGUGCACCACACCGGCUCCACAAGUGUGCCAGGCUUACCAGCAAAAGACACCAUCGACAUUGAUCUAGUCGUCCGAGAUAGCACCAACGAAGCUGAAUACGUGGACAAACUCGAACAGGCAGGCUUCAAGUUUCUGUUGCGAGAGCCACAUUGGCAUGAACAUCGCUUUUUCUAUGCUUAUGUGCCUCACGCCGUCAAUCUUCACGUGUGGAGUCCGGAUUCUCCUGAGGUGGAGCGUCAUUUGAUCUUCCGACAGCGAUUACUUGACUGCCCCGAGGACAAGGCCAUGUAUCUCAAGGCUAAGCAGCUAGCAGCUUCUCAAACUCGAGAGCACAAUGGAAAUCUGCAGGACUACAACUUGCUCAAGGAGGAUACAAUCCGCCAGAUAUUAAGGAAUGCAUUCAAGGAGUUGGGCUACAUUAAAUAA